GAAGAGGUGAUUGUAUUACAGGAUGAAUCUACUAAAACCAAAUUGUCGAGACAGGCCCGUAUACGUAAAAAUAAAAAACUUAGGCGCGAGCAGAAACAAACCGAGAUGCUUCGUAGCCCGAAUGAUGAUAUUCUUCCAGUAAUUGAUGAUAUUAUCUUUGAUCCAUCUCGGGUAUGGUGA